AUGAAACAACAACGAUCCGAAAAGUCGGGUUGUUACACUUUCGUGGAAGUCCUCACACAAAUGCCAAAAUACUUCAAAUUCAUGAGAGACUUCCUCACUCACAAAAUGAAGAUUGAGUCAAUCCAACAAGUCAACUUGAGUGAAGAAUGCUCAGCGGCACUCCUAAACAAACUCCCCCAAAAGAAGGUUGAUCCCGGAAGCUUCACUAUUCCUUGCUCCAUUGGAGGAUCACCAAUAAGCAACGCGCUUGCCGAUCUAGGGGCUAGCAUCAACCUAAUGCCCGCCUCUAUGUUCAACCGACUCGAACUAGGAAAGCCACAUCCUACAAGGAUGAGCAUACAACUCGCGAAUAGGUCGGUAAAAUACCCUCAAGGUGUCGUGGAAAAUAUCUUGGUCAAGGUUGGGGAAUUUGUUUUCCUGGCCGACUUUAUGAUCCUUGAUACGGAGGAAGACACCGAGAUCCCGCUCAUAUUAGGAAGGCCAUUUCUUGCCACCGCACGGGUCAUGGUGGAUAUGAGUGACGGAAGGCUAACAUUGAGGGAAUAA